GCGGCCAUUGCCGCCUUAUCCGCGGCACUGGUCAUCACAGACCCCCAGAAGCGCAGGCGCUCUGCACAGAUGGAGGAGACGGGGGGCAGCGAGCUGGAGGCUGUGAAGAAGUACUUUGACACCGCAGGCUUUGAGCGCUGGAACAAAAUCUACGGCGAGACGGAUGAGGUCAACAAGGUGCAGAUGGACAUCCGGAACGGCCACGCCCAGACGGUGGACAAGGUCCUGCGCUGGGUGGACGAGGAGGGCGGUGUGGAGGGCACCACCAUCUGCGACGCCGGCUGCGGCACAGGCAGCCUGUCAAUCCCGCUGGCGCUGCGGGGCGCGACCGUGAGUGCCAGCGACAUCAGCAGCUCCAUGGCAGGCGAGGCGCAGCGGCGGUACGAGGCCACGAUUGCCGCCGGCGCCAAGGCCCCGCAGGUGCGCGUCGCCCCCAAAUUUGAGACGAUGGACCUGGAGAGCUGCAGCGGGCGGUACAACACCGUGUGCUGCCUGGAUGUCAUGAUCCACUACCCGCAGGACAAGGUGGAUGGCAUGGUGCAGCACCUGGCCAGCUUGGCAGACGAGCGGCUCAUCAUCUCCUUUGCCCCCAACACCCUCGCCCUCACCAUCCUCAAGCGCAUCGGCGAGCUGUUCCCGGGGCCCAGCAAGGCGAGUGCCACCCGCGCAUACCUGCACAAGGAAGACGAUGUGGAGGCGGCGCUGGCGCGCGCAGGCUUCAAGGUGACCAAGCGCGAGAUGACAUCCACGCAGUUCUACUUCAGCCGCCUGCUGGAAGCAAAGCGCGUUUAG